GGUUUGUGCCUUUGUGGAGACUUAUCACUUGCUUUUCUGCUACAGCGCUACCGCCGCUACGUCUUAAAAUUAUCGUCUUUGUUUCGAAAUAUAAAUAAAUAUAGUUGAAAUCGAUACAAGUACAGCAGUGUAAUCCGUACGUAUUGGUAUUUGCACCAUUUGGAGUGAAUGAUAUUGGACGUAUUUCUGGCUCUUUUUUAGUGACUCAUCAUGCAAACAAAUAAAGGUGCUGUCCGGCCAUGGGAACUUGAAUGAUAUCAACGACUGUUCGUUAUUUUGUGCAGGCCUUUGGGCGUCGGGUAAAUUUAAAUCACUGCCACUCAAAGCAGAACAAGAAGACGUUUAUUUCCUACUACCACAUGUCCUUCCGCCUUUUAUUACUCAUGGCUGGUUAUGGAUUUGGUUAAUGUUUGAUCGAUUGAUCGCACUGGUGGACUGGAAUCCGAGUGCUAUCCGGGGUUUAGAACUGCUUAUUACGUAUCUAUAUGAAAUUAUGAAUUUGAAAGACGAUGAUUCAGCGCUAUAAAUCCGGUUUUUUCGUCUGCCGUUCACUGACCUUGCGGGAAUGUCGAUUGCGCGUUGUCGGUCGUGUUUUAUCUUGCUUUAGCAGUUUAGCUGUGCCACACGCGCGACAGUUUAAUUCCACUUUACACUUGCAGACUUGUUGUAUUGCAUUUGCAGUUGCAUUGCGUCUCAUCAUUCUGUGAUUUAAAUGCGUAAAACUUGCUUGCCAUAUUAUGGAUUCACCGCGUCGCAGUAGUGGUACCACAUCAUCGGUGGUGCAGUUUCUCCGCUCCAUCCUGGGAACCACCAGGAAGGAUCGCCAGCCGUCUGCUGGCCAGGAGGCUCAUUUGAAGCCCAGUUUUAUCAAAGGAAUUACAAUGCACAAUGAUGAGAAGGUGGAUGCCAGGGAUAAGAAUGUUCCCGAUCGGGAUCUGAAUAGACCAGCAGCUGUUUUUAACGGCAGUGCUGGCCUGCAUGGCAACCAUGGUGGCUCUGGCAGAGCCAGAAAUCCUCCUGUCCCCAGCAUCUUCGACUUUCGAGCCACCAGACCCGAAACGAAUGCACGCCAUGCUGGCGGGGAUCAGGAUAUGCAAGAUGCGCUACCAACUCCACCGGUUUCCAAGCCUCCUGCCCCUGUUCCUAGAACAUUAGCACCAUCAAAUAUUCGCGACGCGAGAUAUUUUAUGAACCACCGAAAUCGUGGUACUGCAAUCAUUAUUAACAACAGAUCCUUUGAUCGAGGAUUAGGCAUGCCUGAGCGGAAAGGCACUGACUUAGAUGCGGAGGUGCUGACGAAAGCCUUUGCACUGCUUGGCUUCGACGUGAUUUCGCCUUAUGAUAACCUGUCCGUCCACGACAUGCAGAAAUGUAUGGAGUAUUAUGCCACGCAGGAUCACACAAAUUCCGAUUGUUUUGCCGCGGCUGUCCUGUCUCACGGUGAUGAUGGGAUCGUUUUUGGAACUGAUGGUAAAUUAUCGGUGGAACGAUUGGUCGCACCAUUCAAAGGAAAUAAAAGCACUUCUCUUGCCGGCAAACCGAAAAUCUUUAUCUUCCAAGCAUGCCGCGGUGAUCGUCUGGAUCCGGGUGUGGAUCUGGUGGUGGCUGAUGACAAGGAUUCUAAUUUGUUGCGGCUCCCAUCGGAAGCCGACUUCCUGUUUGCGUACUCAACUGUACCGGGAUAUUAUUCCUGGCGGAAUACGGACAACGGAUCUUGGUAUAUCCAAGCGUUGGGCCGUCUCAUCCAGUUGUAUUAUGGAUCUGAUCCGAUUGGACCCCAGAAGGCGGGAGAUGAGGGUAUUGAAUUUGUGCGCUUGUUAACGAAAGUCAACUACGAAGUGGCGUACUACUACAAAUCCAGUGUGCCGACGAAUUUCGAUCUGGACCAACAGAAGCAGAUCCCGAGUAUUGUCUCACAACUGACCAGGGAUUUGUAUUUUCCCACUAGACGACCGGUUAUGCCGCCAGUGGAGGAUCAAGUCGUGGCGGAAUCUCAGUCCGAGAUUUGAUUUGUUGAAAGGGUUUGCUCAGAUUUCAUGGGCUUGCGAUAGUUUAUGGUGAUGAUAAUAAUGCGCUGUAUGUGCAACGAAGGAAUCACAGUUUACAGCCGUCCUUCGACACUAUGGUGAUGCUUUCAAUGGGUUGGACUUCUUGAUUAUUAUUGUUCACUCAGGUGUUUCACGCUUUUUGGCGUUUGGGUUUUAACUGUCGCUGCAUAAGCAGUUUCUGUUAAGUUGAAUUUUUUUGUGUUUUAUCCGUUUUCGAUUGAUUUUAAGUAGGAAUGCUUUUUGUAUUUACGAUCUUGCCGAUGUGAACCCGCGUGUAUAAAGUUGGCAGACAUGUUUG